CAGCAGGAGGACCAGCUCCGCCUCCACCACACCACCCCUGUCUGGAGACAGGUGAUAACUAACCAGACUCCAGAGAAACAGCCGCUCCAUCACACCCUCCAGAACCACAAACUCCAGGAUCGCACCCAUCACUCCUCCUGGGGAAGAGCAUGUGUUCCACAUAGUUCUGGACAGCGCUGGCCUCAUCUGCAGGGAUCGGACCAAGGUGCAACGCUCCAGAACCCCUGCUAACGUGACCGGUGAGGAAACCCAAUGCACCAGUGCCGUUACGACCCGGCUCGUGUUUCUCCAGGAUCUUCACAACCUGACAGAGAAUGACAUUGGAGACAUUUUGCAACUGUCAAAGUCAGAACAGGAAGUGAUGGCCGUCAGCAGCAACAAGCAAACAGGAAAAAUGAGAACGUGUCCGUUUCCCACCCUGGGCGUUUCGGGACAUUCCAUGAAUUCCCAAGGGGCACUCCAAGAAGUCGCCCUACAGUAGACCUACCUCUGUGACGCUGCUACAGAGACAACAUGGACGAGCCAGCAGCCUGUUGACCAGAGAGAGAGAGAGAUAAAAGCUUAUUUGAACACCUGACCAACAAGAAGUGUUAACACAAGUCAAACAGAGACAGGGGUCUGGGGGUCUGAGGGUUUAGGGGCCCCUGGGCCUGUGGACAGUAGUCAAACCGGUAAUCCAUCCCUGCUGCUACCUGUCACCUUCUUCCUCAGUUGGUGACGUCACUCAGCCGGAGCGCAGCGCGUGCAGCGCCGCUCUGUAUGGUGAGCUCGCGACCGGGGCCACAGGGAAGCUUGGAGAAAGUCUUUAACCGAAACCCAACGCAGCGGCAGUACUGGUCUUAGGACUACAAGACAUUUGAACAGUUUCGCACCUCCGGAGCCGCCGAACACCGAGCCCAAGUGUUGAAGUAACCCGGGAGGACGUUUCGACGUACAACGUUGUGUUGAGGCAGACAAGAGGACAGUAAAGCACAAAGAAGGAAAGAAAGAACGGGGGAGAGAUGGCCGAGGCACGGUCUGAAGAACAGGAGGACGUGACGAGGGACACCCGGGAACAAGUGGCCCGACGACAGCCAAACAGCUCCGGAGGUCGCCCUGACAGACGUAAGCCAGAGCAUCGUCACAGCCAGGGUCCGCUCUCGUCCAUCAGAGCAGCCAUCAAGAGAACCUCCUCCAGGCCGAGCUCUGUCCCCGAGACGUCCAGAGACAGAGAGAGGGACCGGGACAGAGACAGGAGGCGCCCAGAGAUCACCAUCCUGUCUGCAGAGCCGCUGGCCUCCACAUCCUUAUUUCCUGGAGCUGCUGGAGGAUUCCCACCUCCCCCUCCUCCUGCUGCACAGAUCUGGGGGCCCACGAUCCCUCAGUCCUUACAGCCUCCUCCUUCCUAUGAGGAAGUGAUCAGGGAGAAGACACAGGAGCAGGUUCUCCUUCCCUCUUCUUCCUCCUGCUCCUCCUCAUUGUCAUCACACCCAGUUUCUACAACCACCAUCGCCACCCAGACUGACCCAGGAUUUGCCCCCGAUCCCCAAGACUCACCGGUGAGAAAACCGCUGAGACCGACACGGCCGCCACUUCUCUCCUCUCCCAAAUCAUCUCACCUUGAUGACAUCACCACCAGCCAAUCGACACGCACCUCCCUUAAGAGUGACGGCGUAGUACCGAACACACUCCCCGAGACGGUCACACACACCUCCACACACACUCAGUGCUGUGACCUUUGUUCACCUUUGACUCCAGCUGGGGUUCAGGGAGCUGCUGACGUGGCGGUGACUCCUGCCACUUCCUCUCAUGUCCUGUUGGAGCGUCCCAGGCCUCGCCCUCGUACUAAGCUCGGUUUGCAGCCAAUCAGCAGCGAGGUCAAAGUUCAGACUUUGGUGAAGCUGCGUGAGGACGGUUUGGCCACAUUAGCUGCCCGUGCCCAAAGUGGCUCUGAUAACCAAGAGGCGAGUCAGGGGAAGUACCUGCAGGAGCUGCUUGAGGCCUUCAGCUCUGACAUCUGGGGCUUUCCUGAACACCCUGGUGACAGCAGCGGGAACAGCCAAUCAGAGAGCGAGGAAGAGGACAGGGAGGACAUGGCGACUCUGAAAGCAAGGAUACAAGCCUUUGAGCAGCAGCAGCAGGUGGCUGAUGGGAACUGUGGGGAUAGUAACAGUAGAGACUUGGUGGUCACAAAGAGACCUGAGCCCCGGCCACGCCCUCGUCUCCAGGGGCAACCAGCCAAAUCAGUCCCUCCUGCCAUCGCCCCAAAACCUAAAACCUUUUUAAGUGCCCCCAAACCUUCCAGCAAGGUAUUCUGGGAAGCUGAUGGUGUGACAGCAGCAACAGCUGACUCAGGUGGCACCGAGGCUGAACCAUCUUGUACUUUGGCACCUGCUCCAGUGUUGGUACCCCAGCCUGGCAAAGCCUCUGAAAAACCCUUGUUAGUGCCAAAACCACAGUGUGCCACAGAAUCCCUCCCAUCCCCUACCCACUCCCUUGCCUCUGCCCCUGUCCCAGCCCCCAGGCCGCCCCCACCCAAGCUCUCCCCUCUUAGUGACAGCCCCAGACUUCCACCCAGACCCCUAGUCGCCCCCAGGGCCAGCAUGGGAGCCCCGCUGCAGGAGAAGAGCACUGCCACCUGGCAUGCUCCCCCCUCUCUACCCCCGAGACCCUCCACUGAGGUCGGCAGCGGCGCACAGACUGAGGCUGGAGGUGAUGAGAUACGGGACACUACAAAGCCACCAGUGAGAGUAGGAAGUGUUCGUCCCAGCGUCCCGACCAAACCAGCAUCACUGAGCUCACCACGCAGAGCCAGCGCUCCAAAUCUGGCCCCCAAACCAACUGGAGCUUCACCAGUGCUUCCAGAUCCCAACCCAGUCCCGGUGAAACCUUCCGGACCAGUGCCUGCUUCAGUCCCAGGCCUUAAACCUCCAGCUCCGGCUUUGAGGAAGGGCUCUGUGAUUCAGACCAAAGCAGAAACUACCAGCACUGUAAACUCCACAGACCCCCCGCUCCCUCCACGACCUUCAACUGUGAAGUUCCUCCCCCUUCGUCCUCCACCAAUCAAGUCCAUGCCUGAGCGACCGCCGCCUCCAGUCAUAGGCUCAGCUUCAUCAACCAACCAGAUCCCUCCUCCCUCCAAAACCUGUCCCGCUCCCUCCUUCUCUCCAGCCAGCCAGUCUUCGCAUUCAGAGCCCGGUUCAUCACCUCCUGUAGCAACCAAUCAGAGGGUACCAAAGCGAGGACCGCCGCUGCCCCCACGCCCUAAACCUGGACACCCACUCUACAGCUGCUACGUGAAACAGGAAGUCCUGAUUGUCCUGGAUGACCCAAGCCCGGUGCCAUCAGAGCAUCUGUCAGAUGAAGGGAGAAAUCAAACCGCUGUGUCCCCUGUGACUCCACUCAUCAAUCCAUCACAGUGUGUCCUGGACAUCCAGCCUGAGCCGGCCCCUGACCAGGACCACUACUCAAAGCCUCUCUUGGAGGGCCUCAGCUUGUCACACUCCCAGUCCAUCCUGCCUGUGCAUCGUACUGAGCAGAAAGAAAAGCCAGCUCCUCCCCCUGUCAGUGGUCCUCGAUGCGUCGCCUUGUUCGACUAUGAGGGAGAGGAGGAUGACGAGCUCACCUUUUCCCAGGGUGAUGUCAUAGCCCUACUUGACCUCAUUGGGCAAGAGUGGGGGCGGGGCCAGAUCCAUGGGCGAAUUGGAAUAUUCCCCCUGAACUUCACUGAGGCGGUGGAGCCCCUCCCACAGCCGGAGGUGUCACCACAGGAAACGGAGAAAACGGCAUCAAUGCAUACGGUGGUGAUAGACAGUACUGCAGCACCAAAAACAUCACAACCCCUGACCUCAGAGGCAGAGGAGUGGGCUGUGGCUCUGUUUGACUUCCCUGGUCAGACUGCAGAGGAUUUGUCCUUCCACAAGGGGGCGCAUAUCCAAGUGACUGAGCACAUAGAUGCAGAGUGGAGGAGAGGAAGACUGGAGGGCCGAGAGGGGCUCUACCCCGCUGCCUUCACACAGUCCUGCCAGGUUCAGCCAGUGCCAGGCCAGCCAGCAGUUAAGGGAGCGGCUAAGGCUUUGUUUGACUUCACAGCAAAGAGCGAGGAUGAGCUCACACUAAAGGUUGGUGACAUUAUAACACAGGUGGAGUCGGUGGAUGAGCAGUGGAUAUUAGGAGUUGUGGGCGGGAAGCGUGGGAUUGUGCCUAAAAACUACAUUUCCCUUCUGUGAUGAGGAAAUGCUGAAACAGUUGGGAACAGCUAGAACACAUCUUUCUCUCACUUUCUGCAGCACAGUAUAAACACGCCUCCCUCACCUUUCAACACUACAGACACUUUUCCUGUGGGAGGUUUUUAUGUGGACACAUGAAUCAGGUCCAGUGUUUCAGUGUUUUUAAAAUUUAAAAGGCAGUUUUUAAUGAAGCAGAAUCAGACUGGUGUGUUUUUAGCUGUAGUUUGGCUGCUAAACUGGAGAAACUGGAACUCGGAUAUGGAUGGAUACAUGAUGGGAUUAACUUCUGGAUUGACAGCUGUGGCUUGAUAUUUUCAUGGCAACUGAUGCCUUCUCACAGUUGUCAUGGUGACUGCGAACUGGAUGGACCAAUGACGCAGUAAAACUGACAUUAUGUUGACUUUUGUCUCAGCAGCCUGUCACGGUCUGGUCUUUCUUCUGAGACUCUGGGACUGGAUUUGACUUUAUUUUUUUUUUUGGAUUUGACCGGCCUGGACUCGAACCCCUGCACUAGUGAAAAUGGUUUAAGUUGAGCUGCAUGACAGGAAUUUAUGGACAUUGGCUGGACAUCUGCUUCAAGGAGCUGCUUGUAGACGACUUCAGCCAUUUGUCUUUGUGUGUGAUUGCAGGUUUCUAACCUGUUAUUACAUGUUGGUGAGCUGUUUCUACGUGCAGUAUUUGAACCGGAAAGCCUCAGCGGGUUCACAGAGGAGGACUGAUUUGGUUAAAAUCUAUAUUUGACUUCAGCAUUUCCAUCCUGACCCAGAGCAGAUUAGGGACUGAAUUAAAACUGAGUAAUGUGGAGCUUGAUGGUGAAUGAUUGCCGGGUCAUGCGCUGUCACAGUUAAUAUUUCUACAGAGACCGAAGGCAGACGAGCGGGGAGUGUAGCCGGGAUGUCAGUCGUCCUGUUGACCUAACCCUCUGGAAGGGGAGUGCCAGCUGUGGUGUGUUGGUGUGUGACCUGUGUAAAGCUUUGUGCUUUCCUUAACUGUAACUGCUUUUAU